CCAGCAGACAAUAGUUUGUCUGCGUUUGAAUGAACAAAACCUCGGUUCUUCGGGAAUGGCAGUUCAGAAAGUUCGACUUUUCUCUUUGCUGCUGGUGUCGUCAGCCUGCAUCAUUCUUAUAAUCCUGUUCCAGGAAGAUUUACCGGGAAGCAACAAAUGGACGAGCUUAUUGAGGUACAAAAGCUUCAGAGAAGACGGCUUGAUUGACGGGGAUGAAAUACGGCAAAAGGAAGGGGUGUUGUCUCCAUCGCCGGAGAAUAGCAAAAGUUAUCCAACGAGCCAAAGGAAUUUAGUGACGAGGAAAACUCUCCGGAAGACCACUCCUGAGACUCCUAUUCCGAUCUUGUCUUUAAAGUCCUUCAAAAAGCUCCCUAAGUGGGAUUUUGAGGAUAUUUAUAACCGGAAUGCUCCGCCUAGACCGACGACUUGCGCCCAGUCUCUGCGUAACACCAAGGACGAGGGCUUCCAGAAAGCGUUCCUGCCCGACAUUCGCUUGUUUCUUCACAACGACAGCCUCACCAUGAGAGAGUGGAACCGGCUCUCUCAUUUUAACAACCCGUUUGGUUUUAUGCAAAUGAAAUACGACGAUGUAAUAGUUGCAGUAAAGCUGAUCCCAAAGCCAAACGAGCCGCUGCUCCUUCCAAAGCCGGGUGGCGACGGCUGCGUGCGCUGUGCUGUGGUGGGGAACGGAGGCAUCCUCAACGGCUCCAAAAUGGGAGCAGAAAUCGAUGCUCACGAUUACGUUUUCCGGAUGAACGGUGCAGUGAUCAAGGGUUAUGAGGAGGACGUUGGGAGGAGAACGUCGGUGUACGUUCACACGGCUCACUCAAUCAACACAUCGCCUUUGGUCUUCUGGGAAUACGGCUACAAAAGUGCCCCACACGAUGAGGGUAUAAAAUACGUCCUGAUUCCUGAGGGACAGAGGGACUUCCAGUGGCUUCGGGCUCUUCUCAAAGGAAAAGUUGUCUCUUCUGGCGAAUAUGAAAAGAAAGACCCCAGAUCUUACUAUUCGGGACAGUUCAACGAGAGCCGCUUCUACGUUCUGCAUCAAGACUUCAUGCGAUACGUACGGAACAGGUUUUUAAAGUCAAGUGAUCUGGACGAUAUCUACUGGUCAAUCGUCCGACCAACGAACGGGGCGUUUACCAUCUUCUUGGCUCUGCACACAUGCGACUCAGUGAGUGCGUACGGAUUCAUUACAGAAGACUACAGUAAAUACUCCAACUACUAUGUUGAAAAGACUCGCAAAACCGAGAUCGUUUUCUACGCCAACCACGACUUCAUUCUGGAGAAGGAUCUGUGGAAGAGUUUUCAUGACAAAAAAAUAUUGAAGCUUUACCAAAGAACUGAACCACAAGGAGAAAAAACGAAGCAGCGCUGAAAAACCCACGGCGUGAAUCGCAGCAUCGAUCCUGUCAGUUUGCCGUCCUUUAAAAAUCCUAUAAGAAUAUUUAAAAAAAAACAAUGUUUUCUUCCGCGUGAUCUUUAAGAAUGUUUUAUAAGUGCACUUAAAAUGUAAAAUGCAGUAUUUGUUAUUGUUAUAAAUCAAUGUGAAAGGUGCUGACAAGAAUGUUUAAGCUGCUGGAAACAGCUGAGGUAUGAAGACGAGCCCCACACUUUGAGGGAAACAGAGCCCAAAAAAAGCUGAAGAAGUUGCUGAAAUGGAGAUAAUGUACGUGUAUUAAUUUUCUUUUGUGGUUCUGAAAUUAUUUUUGUGUUUUUGUUUGUUUUUUAUAAGUAUAACCCUCUUCAAUAAGAGAAAUGCUCUUUGUUAUGAGGACAAGGUGGCACCAUUUAAUAAAAACUGGUUAAAAUGUAGAUUUUUUUUUUCAUUCAACCUUUAUUUAUAGGUAAAUCUUAUUAAUUAAUAAAUAUUCUAAUUAAUAAAGAUUUAUCGAGUUGAUCCAGAAAACAAAUCCAGCUUUAUUACAAUUUAAAAUCUUCCAAACAGGAAAUGGCGCCCCACCGAAGGCCAAAGGGCAUUAAUGUUUUUGCUUGUAUUUGUGUGUUCACAACACAUUAUCUGAUGUUUGAUG